AUGUUUUAUCUUAUUGGGCUUGGCUUGUGCGAUGAAAAGGAUAUUACUGUGCGCGGAUUGGAGACCGUCAAAGGUUCUGCGAGAGUAUACCUCGAGGCAUAUACUAGUAUCCUCAUGAUACAAAAAGAGCGGUUGGAAGAAUUCUAUGGGAAAGAUUUAAUCCUCGCCGACCGUGAUAUGGUCGAAACGGAAAGCGAUGAAAUACUCCGAGAUGCAGACAAGGUGGAUGUCUCACUUUUAGUCGUCGGGGACCCUUACGGCGCAACUACGCACACCGACAUCGUACUUCGCGCCCGCGCGCUGAAUAUCCCCACCCGCGUCAUCCACAAUGCGUCCAUCAUGAAUGCUAUCGGUGCCUGCGGUCUACAACUGUACAACUUCGGACAGACGGUAUCGCUGGUGUUCUUCACCAACACAUGGAAGCCGGAUAGUUUCUACGACCGGAUAGCCGAAAACACGAACCUAGGGAUGCACACAUUGGUCCUGCUCGACAUCAAGGUGAAGGAGCAAAGCGAGGAGAACUUGGCAAGGAAAAUUUACGAGCCUCCGCGAUAUAUGUCGAUCCCACAGGCGGUAUCACAGCUCGUGGAAGUCGAGGAGUCGCGACAAACCGGCGUCCUGCAUCCUGCAAACACCCUAGCCAUGGCGCUGUCGCGUGUGGGAGGAGGGGACGAACAACGGAUUGUCUGUGGGACCUUGGAUGAGCUCCUGGCACAGCCAGCUGACAUCUAUGGCGAGCCCCUACAUAGUUUGGUUAUCGUGGGCAAGCGGCUCCAUCACCUCGAGGUCGAGUAUGCAGAGGCCUACGCAGUUGACAAGUCCAAUUGGCGUAGGGUUGCGCAGGACGUUUACGGCUGCGCCUUGGACUCAUGA